AACUCCCCACGCCAGUGAGCCUGUUCCUGCUGUGCCGUUCCAUUCAGUGACUGAGGUGCCAUGCCCUUGGCCUGGCUACCUGGUCCCCAAAGGCUCAUCCCGUCAUAAAUCGUACAGUGACCUCAGGUUCCAUUAAAUUAGCCUCUUUUUUUCUUUCGCCCAUGCCCAUGCCCAUGCCUGCCCAUGUCGCGCCUGUCAUGGAUGUUGUUGUUAAUUAAUAACUAAACGACCCGUCUCUUCUCCUCCUCCUCUUCUUCUUCCCUGUCUCAGAAAUACUCUCUGGCCUGGCUUGGUUUGUCCGCUCUAUCUAUACAGACAGUCCUUUCGCCUAUCCAGCUCAAUCGACUCUAAUCCCCCUCCUCAUCCAACAUACGCAAGUUAAAUCGAGGCGCUACUCCUGAGGCAACGGGAAACGGAUUGCUCUACUAUCGAGCAACUUGGUUUUACCACUUACGCUGAUUCCGUCGAGACUUCUUCAUUCGCACCACCCAGACCGAUUCUUCUAUCGAAUACAUAGCCCAAACCCCGAGUUCCCGGGCGUUUUCGCGACUUUGUCUGCCGGCUCGUCUCAUGCUCUUGUAACAGCAUUGACCUUUGAACGAUCCUCAAAUCUAAUACUUCGGCUUCUGUUUGAUCUGUCUCACUCUACUCGCUUGCGAUAACCGAACCGAGUUUCCGACUCCAUCGAGAGACGGCAUCCAUUUUCGACUUGCCUUGCAUAUCUACUCCCACCCAAUCAACCUCACCCUACGCCACAAUUCCACCUCAAACCCCCAUAAUGUGCUUUGGAAGUCGGGACAAGGGCGAUCGCGGUCUCGCGCGAUCUCGUGAUAUCGACAAGCAGCUUCGCCAGGAUGAGAAGAGGCUGUCCAAGGAGGUCAAGCUUCUUUUGCUAGGUGCUGGAGAAUCUGGAAAGUCAACUGUACUCAAGCAGAUGAAGCUUAUUUACUCUCAAGGCUUCAGCAAAAAUGAGAAGCUGGAAUGGAAGCCCGUCAUCUUUAGCAACAUUGUUCAGUCUUUCAAAGUUAUUGCCGAGGCAAUGAAUGAGCACGAUCUCCAAUUCGACAACCCCGACAACGAGGUAAGUCAAGUACUUCCUCCCCGCUAUGACUGCCUAAGCUACGGUUCCGACGGCAAUUUUGAGUGAGGUGGUGGAGUGAGACAUGCCCAAUUACUAACAGAUGCUGCAGAAACACAUGGCCCACAUCCUUGUCGAUCACGAAAUUAGCCCUCACGACCCUAUGCCGGCUGACUAUCUCGAUCCCAUCAAAGCCCUGUGGGUAGACAAUGGCGUUCGAGCGGCCAUUGGGAUGGGCAACGAAUAUGCGUUACACGACAACCUGACCUACUUCAUCGAAGACAUCGAUAGACUUUGGGGAGAGGAUUAUGUCCCGGAUGACCAGGAUCUUCUUCGAUCGCGAUUGCGAACUACUGGUAUCACAGAGACCAUCUUCGACCUCGGCCAACUAACCUACCGAAUGUUUGAUGUUGGUGGCCAGCGUUCAGAACGAAAGAAGUGGAUUCACUGCUUUGAGAAUGUCAACUGCCUAUUGUUCUUGGUCGCAAUUAGUGGUUAUGACCAGUGCUUGGUUGAGGACAAGGAUGGGAACCAAAUGAACGAGGCGCUCAUGCUUUGGGAGUCGAUUGCCAACUCGCAUUGGUUUGCCAGAUCAGCACUGAUCCUGUUCCUGAAUAAGAUGGAUCUGUUCAAGGAGAAGCUCCCCAAGAGCCCUAUCACGAACCACGGGUUCACCGAUUACCACGGACCCAAAGACGACUACAAGGCGGCGAGCAAGUACUUCCUAGACAAAUUCAAGGCUCUAAACCGAAACACCGAGAAGGAGAUUUAUGGCCAUUUCACCAAUGCUACCGAUACGAACCUGCUCAAAAUCACAAUGGCCUCAGUCCAAGACAUGAUCAUCCAACGCAACCUCAAGCAGCUCAUUCUCUAAUUCAGCGUGAUCUGGAAUCGGAACUUGUUACACGGAGACAUCCGACAUUUAUCAAGAUAUACACGACUAUAAAAUGGGGUUCAGAUAUUUUCCGGGCGAUAACUCAGCCUCAGCUUCAGCCUCAUCAUGUCUUCUUCAUGCCAUCAUCUGGUUAAGAUGUAUCAGUGCUGUCGAUCAGGACUAUAUUGCUUCCUUUCUUCUGGAUUGUACUUUUUGCUAAAUCUCAUUACCGACUCGGGCCAGUCGAAGCAGCGAUAUGUUUACAUGCGCUUAAUAUGUCCGGACCUCUAUGCCAAUUGACACAGUUGUCGGAGCCGCGUGGACCCCCCUCACACGGAUGCAACCCAAUACUUAAUUGCCUCCCAGGGCAAUACUGGCAAUACGGUUUGAAGAUUUGUCCGGGCCGCAGUGCAUAAGUCAAAGCUGUCAGAAACGAGUCAUGACUCGCCAAAGCAAAGUCACCAGGUGCAUCAGGGCAGCAGUGGAACGACAGCGGAACGAGCGUUUUGGCCGAAUUGUGUUUUUUGUGCAUUGCAUUGCAUGAUACCUAAGGCGUACCAGUGGAUUCAUUUCGGGUUGUCUGUUCUUUUGUUCUUCAAAACCGACUGUUCUAAAAGUAGCAGAGCGGCGGGCUUGCCAUCCCUUGUUUCUUUUAGUGCUGUUAAUGAGGCGUAUGAUAUAAACAACGAGGGGAUUGAUCGGUUGAUUGAUUAUGUACGUAUAGAUUAGAGGAACGUAACAUAGCGAAGCAUAACGUAACUUGAUACUCGGGUUCAGAUGGUUGGCAUCAAAGUCACCUGUUGUUGGCGCACUCACACCGCCCUGUAUCCUGCUGAAGAAACAUACAUGCGCUGUGACUUUUGGCCUGGGACCGAAUCUUGAAAUACCCGGGGCCACAUGGCUGCUCGGACCAUGUGUUGUGUUGUGAGGUGCUCGCUACUAAGGUGGAAAUCCGACCACGCUUUAGGGCCCUGUAUUUUCUCUUGUCUCUGGUAGGUUGGAUGUGUUUGAGAUUAAAGCAUGAGGAUUCGAU